GAUGACCGCGCGAAGAUCUGUGCCGCCUUGGCGCAGGUGGAGGUGAAAGCGGAGAUGACGGCUGCAGCAACGACGGAGGCGGCACCAGCAGAGAAGAAGGAAGAGGCCCCUCCUGCCGAGGAGAAGAAGGAAGAGGCACCCCCUGCCGAAGCAGCUCCUGCAGCUGAAGCGUCCCCUGUUGCCGCAGCUGAUGCCGCUGUAGAGGUGAAGAAGGAAGAGGCCCCACCUGCCGAGGCAACGCCGGCAGAAGCCACUCCUGCACCAGCAGAGGCAGCACCCGCCGCCGAACCGACUCCUGCCGCAGCCGAAGCCGCCCCAGCGGAGCCCACCCCAGCCGAGCCCGCCCCAGCAGAGCCCGCCCCAGCGGAG